AUGUUUGCCGCGCUUGGAAUUUCGGCCAUCGCCCUCGGGGCUGCCAAUAUGUCCCAGAUGACGAACAAGGAGCAGGGCGCGCAGCCUGCCGGACCCCGCACGAAGAAGGCAAGGAUAGCGCUGCUUGUGGCAGAUACGCCCAUCCCGGCCGUGCUCAAGCAGCAGGGCGAUUACGAGGCCAUCUUUACGCGCUUAUUCGAAGCAUCCAAGCCGGGUGACGUCCCUGCGUUCCGGUUGGAUGCGUUCGACGUAAAGAAGGGUGAAUAUCCACCCGAGAGCAUCCUGGACGAGUAUCUGGGUGUGGUUAUCACCGGUUCUGCAAGUAGUGCGUACGAGGAUGUCGAAUGGAUAAACAAGCUCGUUGUCUUUGUCAAGCGUCUUGCGCUCACCACGCAUGUCAUCAAGAUCAUCGGUAUCUGUUUUGGUCACCAGAUUGUGGCGCGCGCUUUUGGCGGCGAUAACGCAGUCGUUCCCAACGGCGGCAAAUGGGAGGUUGGGAUUGAGCCGAUCAAGCUCACUACGCUCGGGAAGCGCAUCUUUGGAAAGGAUGAAGACAUUAAUAUCCAGGAGAUGCAUCGCGACCAUGUACCUUCACUACCACCGGCUUUUCAUCUACUCGCGAGCACAGACGUGAGCAAGAACCAAGGGAUGGUCCGUUUUGCAUUCAAAGCGCCAGAACCCGGUCCCAAUGAAGCACUCCCGCCGAUCCAUAUAUUCACCGUGCAAGGCCAUCCGGAGUUCAAUAAGGAAAUAGUACAGGAACUUGUCGAGGCAAGGAGCAAGAGUGGUGUCCUCGACACGAAGAUCGCUGAUCAGGCGCGUAAACGAGCUGAGUGGCGCAACGACGGCGUACAUAUUGGACGAGUGAUUUGGGCAAUUCUCCGGCAGUAA